AUGGAGGUGAAACGAGUGUACGUGAAAACUCGCGCCGAGUUUGGGAAGCAAUGCAUCUUCGAUCUGUACGGUCCAAACCUGGACGUGGAUCUCUCGCCGUCCCCUGCCCUGAUGCACGAUUAUAUCAGGAGGACUCACUGUCACGUAGGAGUGCAGCACUCGAAGCAAUUCGCGUUGCACCAGGCUCAAACCGAUCGGAAAGAGAUAAAAAACAGUGGGAUGUAUCAUUACGAAGGCGGUUGGCCUAAGGAGGUCAACCCGAAGGACGAGGAGGCCACGAUCAGAUUUCGAAGGAGAAUUGAAAAAGAUGACAAUUGGGCACCGAAAUUGCGGAACUUGUUCAACAUGAUGGAGCACAGUGUCCUUCAGAACGGCACCAUGGACAUUUAUGAACACUUUUUUGACGAUAUGAUACCCAAACCGCUGGUACAGCCUUUAGGUUUCAGGACUGUGAACGUGUAUGCAGAUCCGGAGAGGCCAAGAAGGCCCGUGACCUGCAUUUCCACGUCACCGGAUGGGGGUAGCAGGCUGGCGAUCUCCUACUGCUUCCUGGAUUACGGAACGACGCUAGAUUAUAGUAAAAGGGUGUACAUUUGGCAGGUCGAAAAUCCGACCGAGCCUUACAUGGCGCUCGAUCCCUUUACCCCGUGCGUGGCUCUCGAGUUUAAUCCGCGGGAUCCUUCCGUCCUUGCCAGCGGCCUUAUGACGGGCCAAGUAUGCAGCUGGGAUCUCAGAACCGCACACUCUCCCGUACAAUCCUCUCAUUUGCAAUUCAGUCACAGGGAAUUUGUUCAUUCGAUAAAAUGGAUAUCGACGAAAACGAAUACGGAAUUCUUCUCGGCGUCGACUGAUGGUCGGGCGAUGUGGUGGGACACGAGACGACUUCGGGAACCGAUCGAGGUGCUGGUAUUCGACCUCGACUAUCCAAACGAGCCACACAUGGACAGGGCCAUCGGUGUAUCCUGUUUGAACUUCGGCCCUAUGGUCGGUACCAAGUUCAUGUUCGGACUGGAGAACGGUACGGUGAUCACUGGCUCGAGGAAGAUGAAGACGAACGCAGAGAAACUCGCGGUCAGAUAUGAGACGCACUUUGGGCAAGUGUACUCGGUGGACCGCAAUGUGCUCAAUCCGUCAUUAUUCUUGACCGUCGGUGGAUAUCGGGCUCGUGUCUGGUCUGAAGACACCAGGGAGGGAAAUAUAUUUUCCACUCCAUAUUUAACGGAUUACCCAACGGCCGGUUGCUGGAGCAAGUCGAGAUACUCCGUUUUCUAUGUGACUACCAUCAGCGGACGCUUGUUGGUCUGGGACGCCCUGCAACAGCUACGAACACCUGUGUUCACGUUGCAAUUAUGUGACGAGAAGCUCACGGCUCUUUCGCCAUUCGAGGAAGGAAUUUUUGUGGCUUUUGGCAACAGCGUCGGCAGCGUGUACCUCGUCGAACCGACGGAAUUCUUUGCGUCGUUCGAAAAAAAGGAUAGGACACUCUUUUCAGAGUAUUUGGAGAGAAGUUCGAAGCUAACGAAGGCUGUGGACGUGCGAUUGAAGGAAAUUAAGCUGCAAAAGACGCAGGCCGAGUCGGAAGGAGCAACGGAAGUUUCGCGGAUAAAGGAGAGAAAGGUCACGAGGAGGAGCAUAACCAAGCCUAAAGACAAGCCUAGGGACAGCAAAACGUCUAAAGCGGACAAAGAGAAGGAAAAAAAGGAUAAAAUGCCUAAGAAGAUUCGAGAUGACUUCGAUCCAGAUCUCGUCGCCGCUGAGGCGAAAUAUUACGAAGCCGUGCAAAAAGGAUUGGAAGCAUACGCCGACGAAACCGAUCCGACGAUCAUCCCAGUAUUGCAGAUCCAAGUGGGCGUUAAGAAACCGGAGAAGAAAGCUAGAAGACUGUCCCAAUCGCAGGACGAAGACGAUAAGAAACACCAACACAAGGAGCAUAAAGUUAGGAAAUCAAUGAUUAGGAGGAGAACGCGUAGGACGAUAAAAUCGUCGAUGCGUGAGCCCGACCUGAUGGAUCAAGCGAAACUGAGCACGGCCACGGAGUCGGGGAUCAUGCUCACGAAGGAUGGGACAAAGAGAAGGAAGAAGCACAAGGCGAAGGUGGUGUCGACGUUACCGGUACCAUGCAAAGACGUGGUAUGCAAACCGACAGUCUGUUGCCGACUGAUGAGGAAACGUAAGAAAGCCAAGAGAAAAACGAAACUGAACGGGGAGAGCGGACCGGGCGAGGAAUUAGUCACAGAGGAGACUAGACCGCCGGCUCGAAUUAGGUACCGUAAGAGGAUGAGCAUGCUUAAACGGAUGCAAUCACCGCCGAUGGAACUCGCGAGUGAGGUCGCGCAGGCCAAAAAAGAAAUCAAAAUGUUAACGUACAGAGGACAAUUGAAGAGGAGUUUAAUAAUCCCGAAACACAAAAGAUUCGGUCAUCAUAAUUUUGUAUAUAAUUUCACGCGUAGAGUGUCCCAGGCGAUCAAAAGGAAAGUGAAGUACAGUUUUCCACGCGACGGGAUCAAGGGGCCCAAAGGGAGCGAGGACGUGUUGUCGAGCUCGCAGGAGGAGGAUAAGGAAAGAAAGCGGAAAGUUAUUCUGCAGCCGUGCACGAUCCCGAGAGGGAAGACCACCGGGCAACUGUUCUCGGAGAUACUGGGCAUCCCUACACCGGAAUUGACCGAGGAGAAGGUGCUGGGCAGGAAACUCUUGGACAGGCACCGCACUGAACGGGGCAGAGUUUUUCCACGAAUUUCGGAGUUCGGUCAACCUUAGUCGACUCCACUGCCAUUGCCAACGAGAGUCUCUGCCACUUCGCCGGC